UCAGUGGGCGGGGGAGGGGGCAAGGCCGUCGUGGGGCUCUUUUUGGAGUCUCCUCCGGCCCAGGGACCAAAGAAGACUCGUUUCGGACGAUACGAAGACGGGCUUUGCCGUCGUCCCCGCUCCCGAAAUGUCGUAAAAGAGCCGGAGGGCGACUGGGGGCGCGGUCGCCAUGGAUCGCUACGCGGGAGUCCUGGAGGAAGCGGUGGACGGGACGCGGCAGCAGGAGCGGCACUACCAGCUGCUGUCGGCGCUGCAGAGCCUGGUCAAGGAGCUGCCGAGCUCGUUCCAGCAGCGCCUGUCCUAUACCACGCUCAGUGACCUGGCCCUGGCGCUCCUGGACGGCACUGUGUUCGAGAUCGUGCAGGGGCUGCUGGAGAUCCAGCAUCUCACCGAGAAGAGCUUGUACAACCAGCGCCUGCGGCUGCAGAAUGAGCACCGAGCACUGAAGCAGUCACUGCGGCAGAAGCACCAGGAGGCCCAGCAGGCCUGCCGGCCACACAACUUGCCUGUGCUGCAGGCGGCCCAGCAGCGGGAGCUGGAGGCCAUAGAGCAUCGGAUCCGCGAGGAACAGCGGGCAAUGGACCAGAAGAUCGUCCUGGAACUAGACCGGAAGGUGGCAGACCAGCAGAGCACACUGGAGAAGGCAGGGGUUACUGGCUUCUAUGUGACUACCAACCCACAGGAGCUGACACUGCAGAUGAACCUGCUAGAACUCAUACGGAAGCUACAGCAGAGGGGCUGCCAGACUGGAAAGGCAGCCCUGUGAUCAGGCAGGACCCUUGUGAGUCAUCUGCUGUUCAUUGUGGCUGAGAAGACAGUCUCCCCCUGCUGUAACCACAGACAGCCGAAUGCUGAAGUGGAGCCUGUCAUGAUACUCUGGUUCCACAUUCAAGUUGAAUGCAUGAGUGGUCAGCUCUCUAAGAGGCCAGUGGGACCCAGACCCUGUUGGUGACCACUGGCUGCCUACAUCUGACAGUUGUCUAAAAGAUUAGUGUGCUAACAAGGACAGCAUGUCCAGCCUUCUGUCUGGGUACCCCAGACCUGGGACUGAGGUUAUAGCUCAUUCCAGCUUUCAUCAUGCUCCAUUGCAUGUUCUGGACACUAACUUAACAGGUGCAGUGCCCAUGUGAAAGAGGAUUUAAGGGCCCUGCGCAGCCCAGAGAAAUAAAGAUGUCUCGAACUGGUCUG